AUCGAUUGUUAUAGAUGUAUACUACAGUACGACAUAUGAUAAUUAUGGAAUCAUUUCGACUACAAUAAAUCAUGAUAGAUAUAUUCACCAAAAAUUAUUCUUUUAGAUAUAAAUACCGAAAACUAUGCUUAUAGUAAUAUUGUUAUAGUGUUAUCAUAUUGAGGAAGAUUAUUCAUAAUACAGUGUAAUAAAAAGAUGUACAUUUUCUACGAUGUAAUUUUUAACUUAUAUGAAUUAUAAUUUCUUAGCUUUCUAUAUGAUUAAAUAAAAAGUAUAUCAAAAUCAUAGACCCCCUUAUAUGAACUGACGCAAAUGUUUAUAUUACUUCAAUAAGAAAUAAUAGUGGUCUGUAAGUGACAUGUCUAUGUGAGGUCAUUUAAGUCCUAUCUAAUAAUCUAACAUCUCUAUUUUAUCUCUUGUUCUUUGGAGAAAACUGUAAAAUGGCUGUUGUAUAAUUAUAGAAUCUCUUGACAAAAAAAACUACUUUCUGAUCGUUUCAAGUGUUCUAAACCUUUAAUUUGAAUACUUUAUUAUUCUAAUAAAUGUUCUUUUACUUCUUCAGUUCUCUCUAAAGUUUUAUCAAAAAUAUUUUACGUCGAAAUUUGAAAAGUUUAAACAUCUACUGGAUUUUCGUGAACCACUAAUGAACUUUUUCCAACAGAAAAUCCAUUCAUGUUCUUUAUCUACUUAAAACUAGGCAGGUAGAUGUGACUUCUCAAAUUAAUACCAAUAUAAUCGAAAUAUGAAUGUAUGAAGAGGAAUUGAAAAUGGUUUUACUUGCAAAAAGUAGUUGAUUCCUUUCUUCUGUGAUAAGGCUUUCAGAAAAAAAUAGAGUACAGAUUCAAGUCGAUCUCAUAGAAGAAACUGUACUUUUCAUAUAUCCACGCUCACAUCCACCUUCAAUACAGGACAGCUUACAUAAUUGUAAAUCUUGAGAUUUACGAAAAAUCGAUUUCUUACACGAGAAUCGAUAAAAAACGAGUAAUGUGUUGAUAUAUAAGAAAAAUAAUUAUUCCUAUAAAGCAUUGUUUUACAAAUGUCGCUGAUAAUCGGCAACAUUGUUUUUAUGUAUAAAUUAAUCAAUCGUUAUUUUUUAUCAUAUCUAUCUUAUGAAUUAAGUAGAUACUAUAGGAUUUUAUUGCUAAAAUAUGAUGUUACUAAAUUACAGAAAAGGAAACACAAUCUUCACUGUUUUAUGUAGUUGUAACUGUAUAAUUAAUAAUCACUGAAGUUUUAUUCUUGUUUAAUGUUAUGUAAAUAUUUUUAUUUUCUAAUUCAUUGAGUCUUAUGAGAUACUUCAGUCGAUUGAUUAAUACGUUAGCAAUAUUCUCGAAAGUUACUGUAAAUAGUUUUUUAUUAUUAUCCAUACAAUUUCUUUUUAUAAUCUUGCAGAGAAAAAUGAUGGUAAAAAAUAAUUGUAAGUAGAGAAUUAAAUAUUGUCUUUAUCAGCGUUUUCGUAUAGUGUGAUUAGUAUGAUUAGUAGUUUUUUUAGCGUAGUAUUGAGGAGAUAUUACAUACAAUUGUUAUUAAAGGGCUGAUGUAUUACAGUAGAUUUUGAUUUAUUUUCUAUGAAGCUUCAGUGAUAUUAAUUGACGUUGUAUUGUAUAUUUUCUUUUUUUGAUACCAGAUCGUUGUAUUAAUCGACUAGCUCAGCAAUGAAUAUUAGACUACUGAAUAUUAUACUACGACUAUAUUUAUUAUGUCAACAGAAAACUUAAUUCUUUGUGUCGAAUUAAAGUUCUGAUAUUCGUUAAGAAAAAUAGAAUCAAAAUGAUCUGAUUCUUUUGCAAAAAAAAUCUUGAUUUCUAAAAUUAAGUUUUUAUAAACUUGAUAAUAUUGAACACCUUCAAAAUUCAAAUCUAUCGAAAACAUUAGAUAUUUGUAUUAUUGACGACAACGACGUAUUAUUUGACAAAAACAGCUGUUGAAUCGACUGUUUAUUUCUAAUGGCUUUUUCGCCGCAAAAAUUUCAAUAUAAUAUUACGGGUAAAAUAAAUAAUGAAAAAGUUUAUGUAUUUCAUUCUUUACUUCAAACACUCUGUUGCUUAAUGACUCAUAUAUACAUAAUCAUGCUACGAAAUUGAUGUGCUUUCGUCGGAGUAUUUGUUUUCAUCUCACUAAACAGUGACUGAAAACGACAGCAAGUUAAUGAUGACUCAACAGUUUUUUUAUGGUUACGUACAGUGUAAGUAAAAUAAUCUUUUGGCCUAUUAUUCUGCACUGCUCUAUAUGUUUACACAUUACAUACCGUUGAGAGCCAAUAGUUACAAUAGAACAAAAAGAAAAAAGAAAAAAAAUUUAAAAUAUAUUUGUUUUGUCGAAUCAAAAAAACAUUCUUUAUAUAUGCUGAGGAGCAUUACACAUCUUGAAAAUAUUUUGUUGUUUUUUAUUUAAAGAAAACGUAAUGUAAGUAUGCAUUUAUUCUCUCUCGUUUUCAAAGCACAUAUUUAUAUAUAUCAUUUAUUCUUUUUGCAGGUCUGAUCAUAAUAAUAAUGAAAUUAAUAUAAACUCCGGUGUCAGUAAGUGUCAAUUUAUUCCUCAAGCAUUUAACGAUAGAUUUUAGAUAUAAUUAGAUUAACUUAAAAAAUAUCAUAGACAUUUACUUUCAUCGUCAAUGGACAUGAUGAUACGUCCGAUACUUGAGAUUUUUUUAAAGAUGUAUAUCUCAGAUAAGAAACAUUUUUUUAAAAGAGCGAAAAAAAUGUACUUUUAUCGAUCGUUAUCUUGAAUAGUUCGAUUCGAUGACGUUGCUAGUUUAUUUAUAAAAAUAGAAAUUGUGAAAAUUAACAAAAGUAAACUCAUCAUGUAUAGCAUAUGAAAUUAAUUAUAUUUAAUAUUCGAUAAAACAACUUAUUCUAUUUAUUAUAGCCACUUAUCAUGAAUUACUACCACCGCCGAUACAAGGCAUAAAUACUAGUUCACAACAGAAUUCAACAACAAAUGGAAAUGUUCAAAAUUUGCAUCAGGUUUACAAUCCUAUAGCCAACCAAACAGCUAACUUAGAAAGAAAUGACAGUGAACAAAACUCAGAAGAAGUUUCUAAUGGUCCUGUUAAUCCGCCAGUUGUUCUUAAACAAUCUCAUACAACAACGACUUUCCCUUUCUAUAAUGGAGUCGCAUAUAUUUUUUAUCCACUGAUGUUCAUACUGCAUCCAAUCCAGAACAUAUUUCGUUGCUAUACGAAACGUCAAUUGUGGCGCAGAAUUAUUACACCAGAACUUACACAAUUAAAAGAUUGCCUAGGUAAUACAACUCUAUGGUUUGGUCCUUCGUCGAGAUUUACGAAAUCUAAAAUUCAAUGUAACCUUGAAUUUCGAGCUCCAAAUGGAAAGUUUUAUAAUCCUCCUUAUGCAUUUGUUCGUACUGUUGGAAAUGAAUUCGAAGUACAACAUCCUCUGAUUAUUAAUUUGAAACAUCAUGCAGAUUUUGUUGGCGACCUUUUUUCAUUAAAUUUAUCUAUCUGCCAGGUAGAAAAAGAUAUGUUUCAUAUUAAACAUAAAAAGUCUAAUGAACUAUUUCAAAUCCAACAAUCUCCUUACGGUAAUGUGACUAAAGUUGACCGUGAAAUGUAUGCAAGAUUAACAGCAGAUGGAAGUACAAUGGAAAACAAUAUGAGUCAAAUGCUUGAAGAUGUAACAUAUGAAGAAUUCGCCAAACGUUUCAAUAUACAUACUGUAUAUCUUGCGUUCUAUCCGGUUCAUUGGAGUAAAGAUAAAGGAGAAUUUGUUCCAGAACAAGAGUGUAUAUUUCGUUCUAAUGCUUUCACACCAGUCAGUUCUUCUCGUCCUAUCGAAACUUAUGAUUACACUCCAAAUAAACUAGAAAUUAUACACCAUACAUUAUCAUGUAUUCCAUCAUCUCAACAUGCCAAUCAAUGCGUGUUACAAGUACAAGUACAAGUAUCAUGCAAAAUUCCAGACUUGUAUAAAUGUACAUUACCGGAAAAUAAACGUUUAAAAGCUGUAAUCUGUACUAGCAGUGAACAAGAACCACGUAUACAUCCAAUAUAUAAAAUUAUAGAUGAACAAGGUGAACCUGUUGAGUCGAAAUUAUUCAAUGUUAAUGAAUAUACCUCCACUUUGACAUUAGAUAUUAUCAGAUUACAAACUAACUUCACGGGUGGCAUCAUGGAUAGUUUUUGUGUACAAUUACAACUAUAUGACUGCUCGAAUGGGGAACCUAUUCCAUAUCCAAACUCAACUGCUUUAUCUGAUAUCAUUGUUAAUGGAUAUAAUUUUCUUCAACAAUCUGCUUCUAUUGAAUUGCCAACAAAUAAUAAUGGUAAUCAACCAUCACCUCAUAUCAACCAACAAUUGCCAAAAAUAACUGAUGCACGUGCAGAAUAA